GGCCCAGUGCGCAGGCGCGGGAAAGUUGAACUUUUACAGAGAAGUUUGCACGCGUCCAGUGAAGGAGGUGGCGGAGGCGGGGCCAGAGCCCGGGGCCAGGUGGCCUCAUGGCAGGCUCAGAGGAGCUGGGGCUGCGGGAGGACACGCUGAGGGUCCUAGCAGCCUUCCUGAGGCGGAGUGAAGCCGCCGGGUCCCCCAUUACAAUCCCACCCAGCCUCCUAUUGGACGGACACUGGCAAGGGGGCGUGAUGUGGGUUGUCCUGCCUCUUCUCUUCCCUACCUCACAGCUGGCCUCGGACCCCGUCCUGCGGCGCAAGCUGGUGGGUCUCUCCAUGGGGUCCUUCGCCCGCCUAGCGGAGCUGUUCACCAGCCGCGAAGCCAGCCCAGGCUCCGGCUGUGCACGCCCCUUGUCACCGUGCCCUGGGCCCCCACCGCCUUCCCCGGAGCCUCUGGCGCGCCUGGCCCUGGCCAUGGAGUUGAGCCGGCGUGUGGCCCACCUGGGGGGCACCCUGGCCGGACUCAGCGUGGAGCACGUGCACAGCUUCGCGCCCUGGAUCCAGGCCCACGGGGGCUGGGAGGGCAUCCUGGCCGUUUCUCCUGUGGACUUGAACUUACCCCUGGACUGA